UGUUGUAGUUGACAUGAGAGCGAAAAAUCUGCAGUGAUCCGCCGGCUCAGCGCAUCUCUCGUUUUCUUACAGACCUUUUCAAUUGAAAUAGAUUCUUCUGUGUAGAUUUCACGUACAUCGUUGGCUGUAUUCUACCAUUUAUGUUAAGCGUAUGCGUUUUUCUCUGAACCGGAAGACCUAAAAGAAAUCAAAGUUCGCAAGGAGGUGACAUCUGGCUGCUCCACACCUGACUUCAUUGAAUGAGGUUCAACACCAAUUAGCAUUUGUUUUGGUUCGAUACCCAUACAAAUUAAACACGCCCAACAUUCAGUCGGAAGCAGCUGGACACAUUCAUAUAAAUCUGCAGGCUAACGGUGACGAGCUGGCGCAGGUCGUGGGUUGUCCGUGGAUAAUGCGAGACAGUGGCGGUAGCCUGGCCCAGAACCGCUGGCAGGGAGACCUGGGUCUGACCGCUGUGGGGCAAGACGACACAGGAGGAGGUGGGAUCCCUGGAGACCACCUCAUUGUCCCGGUGUCAGGCCACAGUGUACCCAGUCCCAUGCACCUCAGACUGGGGCAGAAAGAGAAGGUGUGGACAGGCGAGUAUGUGGAGGAGGAUGAGGAUGAAGACGAGGACGGUAUGGGUAUGGGUAUGAUCAAGCCAGUAGCUGAUGAGGAUGAAGAAAACAAUCUGGAUGGGGAGGACGAGUUAGAGUUUGAGGGCAAGGGUUGGGAUAACAAUGAGGAGGACGAGGAGGAGGAGGAGGAAGAAGAUGAUGAAGAGGAGGAGGAGGAUGAGGUGGAAGAUGAAGGAGAGGAGGAAGAGUUGGAGUGGGAGGUCCCAGAAUUUCCCUCCCAGUCCACGCAGCACCCUCAUUCACAGCAGCAACACCACCAACAUCACGGACCCCAGCAGAAGGCAGAAGAGGGCGGUGACGUCCCUGGAGAGCACCCGGUCUCCCCGGCCAAAGCCGGGGACGUGUUCAGGUCCCACCUCAGCAGGUACAGGGCCCUGCGGAGGCUCCGGCGCUGGCAGCGCUUGCGAUCCCACGGCGGCCUUGGAUUUCGGCUAACCAAGCACUGGAAGAGCUGGCGCCAGCGGGCGCAGUGGGUAUGCUCCCAAGGGUACCGGUACAGCCAAAGAGGGCGAAGGCACAAUCUGUACGGCAAGCAGAGGAGGACAAAAAGGUAUCGGCAAUCGCCAUACUCCGACGGAGAGGACGACACCAACGAUGAGAGGUUCACCGCGUCGGAUAGAGAUGAACACAUGAAUGGCUGCUCUCCAGUCAAACAAGAGGACAGAGGGAGGCGGGAAGUGGAGGUCAAACCAGUGGAGCUGGCCCUUACUGAGGAACACAUGAGUUUUGUGACUGGUAUUCUUGAAGAGUCUCUGCAGCAGUACGGCAGCUUGAUCCCCGUCCAUGUGGAUGACAUUGUGGAGAAGCUUCAGGACAUCUUCAGCGAGAGCUUCUCACAGCCACACAGGAAAGCAGUGGUCCAGCACCUAAUACAAUCCUUCCAGCGGUCGUCGGGCUCGUCCCUGGCUAAAACAUUCAGAGUCAAUUACAAACGCCACGUUCUGACCAUGGAUGACCUGGGCACUCUGUACGGACAGAACUGGCUCAACGACCAGAUUAUGAACAUGUAUGGUGACCUGGUCAUGGACUCUGUGCCAGAGAAGGUUCACUUUUUCAACAGCUUCUUUUAUGAUAAGCUAAGGACAAAAGGCUAUGAUGGAGUCAAACGGUGGACCAAAAAUGUUGACAUCUUUCAGAAGGAUCUGUUGUUGAUCCCCAUCCACCUGGAGGUCCACUGGUCCCUGGUCAGUGUUGACAUUCCUCGUCGAGCCAUCACAUACUUUGACUCUCAGCGGACUCUCAACAGACGCUGCCCGAAGCACAUUUUUAAGUAUCUGCAAGCGGAGGCCAUCAAGAAAGACCAACAGGACUUUUUGGCGGGAUGGAAAGGCUUUUUCAAAAUGAAUGUGGGUCGUCAAAACAACGACAGUGACUGCGGGGCUUUUGUGCUACAGUACUGCAAGUGUCUGGCACUAGGGCAGCCGUUCAGCUUUGGCCAGCUGGAUAUGCCCCGGCUGAGGAGGCAAAUGUACAAAGAACUCUGUCACUGCAAGCUCACCCUGUGACCCUCCACCCCCACCCUCGGCCCGCCAUCUCCACCUGCUCCCGCCCUUACACUUAACAAGACGGAGGGACAAUGCCAUGACAAGAAGAGGGCACGGGGGAGCAAACGAUGGACUGGAAAAAGAGAAACUUUUCAGAAACUUUAUUUUUCUCUGCCAACAUCCAGAGAAAUUCCUUCUUCUAUUGUAGGUGAUGUCAUUGUUUCACUUUUUGUCUCUCUUUGCUUCCCUCUCUCCACCCUUUUUUGAAAACUCCUGAUUUAAUUUCCAUGUCAUGGUAAUUCCUUUGUGGUUGACAGAGGCCAAGGCUAGCUUCCGUUUUGGGAAAUGUGCUGACCUUCCAUCCUAUCGUAGUCCACCUUUUUUUUUUCUUUCAGUCUGAAUGGGAGCAUGAAGAAGAUUAUAUCUAAAGAAUACAGUCCAGAUGAAGGGUCGGACCCCAGUUAGUCCCAACCUCCAGUACUACUUUGACUUCAGAUGCCUGAACAGUGAGUGCAGAGGUGGCGUGGGUGGACGGCAAAAUCAUUUGAACCAGUCUGUGUAAGCUUGUGGUUAAAUGGUACUAGUGGAUGUACCCGCCCUCCAUCCAUGCAGUCCACACAGUAGGUUGAAAGAAGUGAGAAUCUCAAAAAAAACGUUACCACACCCGACAUAAAAUACACUUCCCCCGUGCUACAGCCAAUGUUACGUUGGCCAGUCCAUCGAUCCAGUCGUCACGUGAUGUUUGCCACUGUAGCGCGACGUGACCUUUCCGAUGUACAUUUGUUAAACGAUUUCCUCCAAGGUGUUUAGAAGAAUUUUCAAGUGAAAAUGGAGCUUGCUAGUUGACGCUGCCAUAUCGACGUCAGAAAAUGCACUUCCAGCGCGUGAGGAGCCAUUCUAGUGCUUUUUUU